CUCUUCCUGCACAGGAACCUCGAGUUCACCCGCAAGGUCCGCGGGGACGUGGCCGCGCUGCAGCACGUGGUGUGUGACACUUUCCAGCUGUGCAAGGAGGAUGAGCUGCUGCUGGUGCGACAGGACCUGGACGUGGUGCAGGCACCUCUGGAGCAGUGUCACAGCCGUUCCUUCCAGGCAGAGACCUGCUUCAGCCAGAUCCGUGCUGGGCUCAGUGCCUACCACAUCUCCCUGGCAUCCGUGAAGGACCUGCUGCCUGGGCACGCUGGGCUGGUGGAGACUCUGCAGCUGGACAUGGCUAACCUGAGCUCCAACAUCCAGCAGCAGAUGGAGGACCUGGGCCUGGCUACGGUGACAUACCCCUCGGAGCCCCAGGACCCUCUCCCCACCUUCUCCUCCCACUUCCACCACCAAGUCGGAGGGUUCUUCAUCCUGGCCAACUUCCAGCGGUUCCUGGAGACAGCAUACCGGGCACUGCGGCACCUGGCCCGGCUCUGA